AUGGAGCUGCCGAAGCCCACGCCGAUCUCGGGUCUCAGCCCGACCGGCGUGCGUGCCGGGCGGCCAGGCCACCUCCCGGGCCUCCGUCUGGACGCUCCCGGCUCCCUGGGGUCCCCGGAGCGCGCGGUCGCUUCCUCGCCGGUCACCACGCUCACCAAGACCAUGCACGACCUCACCGGGCUUGGCAGGGAGACCCCAAAGAACCAGGUAAGAGGCUUGUCCACCAGCCGAAGACGGCUGAAAUGUCUGUCCCUGUCCCGGCGGGCUUCAGAGUCCUCUCUGUCAUCUGAAUCUUCUGAAUCUUCUGAUGCAGGUCUCUACUUGGACUCUCCCAGUCCCGUGGACCCUCAGAAGGCAGAACGGACGUUUGAACAGGCCAUCCAGGCGGCCAGCCGAGUCAUUCAAAAAGAGCCGUUCUCCAUCCGACGCAUCCAGUCCAUGCCAGUGAGGCUUCUGGGCCACAGCCCUGUGCUCCGGAACAUCAGCAACAGCCGCGCGCCCAACAGGUGGAGGAGGAGCACAGUGGGCAGCAGGGCUGCCAGCGGCUCUGGCGAUGACAAGGAGAACGACGGAUUUGUCUUCAAGAUGCCAUCCAAGCCUGCUUUUUCUGGCAACGCCCAGGCUGAGGCCGAGUGGGCUAACCCCAGAGAGGCCUUUGCACAGAGGCCAAACUCCGCUCCCAACCUGAAGUGCCGCAGCCCUGAGCAGAAGAUGGAGAUAGAGGAGGAGCUGAGCCCCUGGCCCCCACGACGCCCUUCCCUAAGCCCAGUGGAGGGGGCUGCCGAGGAAGAAGAAGACGAUGGAUUUGUGGACAUCCUGGAGAGUGACCUAAAGGACGACAAUGAGGUGCCCCCAGGCAUGGAGAGCCUCAUUAGCGCCCCUCUGGUCAAGACCUUGGAGAAGGAACAAGAGCAGGACCUCAUCAUGUUUAGCAAGUGCCAGCGGCUCUUCCGCUCACCGUCCAUGCCCUGCAGUGUCAUCCGGCCCAUCCUCAAGAGGCUGGAGCGGCCGCUGGACAGGGACCAGCCAGUGCAGAGCAAGCGGAGGAAAAGCGUGACCCCGCCCUCGGAGGAGCAGGAGCCCGAGGAACCUAAAGCCCGAGUCCUCCGCUCCAAGUCCCUGUGUCAUGAUGAGAUUGAGAACAUCCUGGACAGUGACCACCGUGAGCUGAUUGGGGACUACUCCAAGGCCUUCCUCCUACAAACUGUGGAUGGAAAGCACCAAGACCUCAAGUACAUCUCACCAGAAACGAUGGUGGCCCUGCUGAUGGGCAAGUUCAGCAACAUCGUGGAGCGGUUUGUGAUCGUGGACUGCAGAUACCCUUAUGAGUAUGAAGGCGGGCACAUCAAGACAGCUGUAAACCUCCCCCUGCAACGCGAUGCCGAGACCUUCCUGCUACAGAGCCCCAUCACGGCCUGCAGCCUGGACAAGAGGAUCAUCCUCAUCUUCCACUGUGAAUUCUCAUCGGAGCGCGGGCCACGCAUGUGCCGCUUCAUCAGGGAACGAGACCGUGCGACUAAUGACUACCCGAGUCUGCACUAUCCCGAGAUGUAUGUCCUCAAAGGCGGCUACAAGGAGUUCUUCCCACAGCACCCGACCUUCUGUGAACCUCAGGACUACCGGCCCAUGGACCAUGAAGCCUUCAAGGAGGAGCUGAAGACCUUCCGCCUCAAGACUCGCAGCUGGGCUGGGGAGCGCAGCCGGCGGGAGCUCUGUAGCCGGCUGCAGGACUGCUGAGGGUCCGUCUGCCUGAGAGCCCUCGACGGGCCCCCCUAAAUCAAGGGGCUGCUGGAUGCCCCAGGUGCUAUCAAGGGGAGGGUGUCAUGUCUUUUGUCUGUCUAGCUCUGUCCCUUUGACUCCAUUUCCAUGUCCUGGUGCCCUCUACCGAAGAGCCCAGCCUGCUGGGAAGGUUUGGGCCAGACCAGCCUAAUGGAAGCCCUUCCUUUUCCACAAGGAGCCUUCCUGUGCUGCUUAACCCUUAGUUUUCUGUGUCCAGAAAAGCCCCCUUCUUUCUAGGGGCUUUCUAACUGGGGCUGGAGGAAAACCACUGCCCGGCUCUCCUAGAACCGGCCAGAGCUAAGCCCCUGCCUCUCCUCCUCAGGAACCAGGAGUCGUUUCUUUCCCUCUGUCCUGUCCCUCCACACACACCCCUACCGCAAGAACUUCAGCUCUUCUGUCUCCUGUUUGUGUUAUCUGCCUGCUUGAUUCCUCUAACUCUGUUUUUCUUUGUUUGUCAGUUUUGGCCGAGGUGUAGGCUCUCCCUAGCCAGCUGGGGUUAGGGACACAUAUCAAUGACCCACUUAGCACCGCCUUCUGUUGCCUCUGAAAGGGAUGUUAACAUCCUAGGGGAGGACACCCUACCCCACCCCGAGAACCUCAGGUGGGGGUGGGUGCGGGCUAAGGCCUCAAUCUUGAGCCAGCUGGAAGUCCAGCCCCCACUGCCUGGCGGGUCAGAACUUGCUGCUGUUUUGUCAGGAAUGGAUGGAUGGAUGGCUGAGUGGAUAGGCGGGCGGUGUCUUGCGCUCGCAUGCACACACGCCCACAAACAAGCUGGGUGGAAGCACUUAGUGGAACGUGACGGCGUGGCAGGAGAAUGUGCGUGAACCCAAACCUCUACACUUGAGCGUUGCAGGUAUUCCAGAGGAAUACGAAAACACCUCUGGAUUCUGCGUUUCAAAAUGUGGGAAGGGGCUGUGCUUGAAGCCUCUGACCUGGGUGAUCACUGGGGCCUUGGUUCAAUAAAGCACUGACCAAGUUGAA